AUGGAUGGAGACACAUGAAGUAAACUUCAGUGUGCUGCCACAGACAAAUUGCCAUUAACAGUUAACUUGUUCAUUCAUGCUUCUUGAGGCAAUGUUACUUGAAUACCUUAGAAAAUGUUGGGGGAAUCUCCAAGUCUAGUUCUUUCUCUCGCUUCUCCCACCUGGACCAGCCCUUCCGGGCCCAUGCUAGCUCCAAAAUACUUCAGACAUGGUUGGGAAGGAAGCUUCGAACGUCAAACACUACUAGAAGAAACUAAGAACUUUUCUUCGUCCACACGAUUCUUCAGCAACGUCACCGCUUGCGCAGCAAAUCUCUUGCCGCUUCAACACAGACACACACUCUCUCUCUUGUAUAAAUAUGAGUGUGAUGAGCUAGGAGUAGUCACUCGUUAAAAUAACAAGGACAUCCUCCCGAGCUCAAGUUAAAGCCAUGGAAGAAGCUUCUGUACUGUUCCUUCUUAUUGCCUCAAUCCUCCUUUUGGUUCAUAUAGUUAGGCUACUCAUGAAUAGUUUCGCAGCCAAAACCCCUUCGUCUUCAUCCAUUUAUGGCCCCAAGUGUCAUCCCAUAGUGGGUUCAGGCAUCUCCUUCCUUGCCAAUGCCCACCGUCUACCUCAAUACUUCACUGAUCUUAUACGUGAAUCUCCGACCCACACUAUUCAAUUCCGCCGGCUGUUCGUUCCCAUAUCAAUCGUCACCGCCAAUCCGGCCAACGUCGAGCACAUGCUGAAGACCAAGUUUCACAACUACCCAAAAGGACCAAACUCCCAUUCCGUGCUCUACGACCUCCUCGGCAACGGCAUCUUCAACGCCGACGGGGAGACUUGGAAGGUGCAGAGGAAGGUAGCAAGCCACGAAUUCAACACCCGAUCGCUGCGUAAAUUCGUUGAGACCGCCGUGAAGUCGGAGAUCUCCGGCCGCCUCAUCCCGCUUUUCACCUCUGCUGCGGCCGGAAAAACCGUCUUGGAUCUCCAGGAUGUGCUUCAGCGGUUCGCCUUCGAUAACAUCUGCAAGGUCGCUUUCGGUUCGGAUCCCAGCUGCCUCGACCUCAAUCUGCCUCCCUCUGAGUUCACCUCGGCUUUCAACCUCGCAGUGCGAAUCUCCAGCGAGCGUUUCCGGGUCAGCUCUCCAUUGGUCUGGAAAAUCAAGGCUGCAUUAGGAGUGGGGACGGAGCGGCAACUCAGAGACGCCAUCCGCGUCGUCGACGACUACGCCAGAAACCUUAUCUGCGAGCGGCGGCAGAAUCCGGUCACUUCCCCGGAGGACUCCGACCUUCUGUCGAGAUUUAUGAGCUCGAGUGAUGGUGACGAGGAGUUCCUCAAAGACAUGAUAAUCAGUUUCCUGCUUGCUGGAAUGGACACGACAUCGGCCGCAUUGACAUGGUUCUUCUGGUUGGUUUCCAACCACAAGCGAGUAGAGGAGGAGGUUCUAAAGGAGAUAUCGAGCAUCAAAGCAGAAGCAUUUGGCUUCGACGAAGCGAAAGAGAUGCAUUAUUUGCACGCCGCGAUCUGCGAGAGCAUGAGAUUGUAUCCGCCGGUGCCGACUGACGGCAAGUUCGCAGCCGAAGAUGAUGUUCUGCCGGACGGCACCGUGGUGCCGAAGGGGGCGAAGGUGAUUUACGCUCCCUAUGCGAUGGGGAGGCUGGAAUUGUUUUGGGGUAAAGAUUGGGAGGAGUUCCGGCCGGAGAGGUGGUUGCAGGAGGAAGGAGAGGGAGGGAACAGAAGGUUCGUGAACGAAGACCCUUACAAGUACCCUGUUUUCCAGGCAGGGCCGAGGGUGUGCUUGGGGAAGGAGAUGGCCUUCAUCCAGAUGAAAUGCAUCGCUGCCACCGUUCUCCGCGACUUUAGGGUUGUACCAGCGGUGCCCGACUUCCAGCCGGUGUUCGCAUCCACACUGACUUCCAAGAUGAAGGGCGGCUUUCCGGUGAGGAUUGUCCAAAGGAAGCCAUGACAAUGACCACCUGUAUCUUUGUUCUUUCCUCCCUGUCGUCUGCCGCGUUUGGAUUAUUGCUCCGUUACUGCUUUCGGUUUUUUCAGUAUUGAGUUUGUCCCAGUGUUUGCCCCCUUAUUUCUUUGGUAGACGGAGUCAUUCCCGGUCUUUUUAGUGGUAGACAAUAUGGACAUCCGGUCGUCAUGUUGAGCAGAUAUAAACAUGGUGCAUAUUUUCUUCAUUUAAUGGAAGUAGAUCUGAAAUCUUUUGUAUUUA